UUUUUUAUUUUUUUAUUUUAAAAAUCUGAAUUUUGUUAGACACUGGUGUGCUUGUUAUGUUAUUUUUUUGCAUGUGUAUAAAAUAAUAUCAUAACAUUAAAUGAAUAGAUAAAUCCCUCUCCUAUUUUCCAUUGUCUUCUUUGCGUCCUUUCCUUUCUUGUGCUUUACUAUGUCUCAAUUAUUUGGUGAUGAAAUUGAACCUCAGCAUUCUGAACUGGCAGAGCUUGGUAAAAGCUCAAGAUUGUCAUUCCGAAGUCACAAGUCCAGUUUCAGAAGAAAUACGCCUUUGGACUCUUCAAAAGAUGUCCUUGAUGAGGAGUUUGCUCAGGAAUGGGCUAAAAUUGAGAGGUUACCAACCUAUCAAGGAUCGAGGAUGUUAUUGUUUGAUGAUGGAAGCACAACUAAUGCCAAGGGAAAACGGAUGAUUGAUGCCUCUAUGCUUGGACCUCUAGACCGCUGUCAAUUCAUUGAGAAGCUCAUCAAGCAGAUUGAACAAGAUAACCUUCGGUUGUUGCAGAAACUUAGGAAAAGAAUGGAAAAAGUUGGGUUACAAUUUCCUGCUGUCAAGGUGAAGUAUAAAAACCUUUUUGUGGACGCAAGGUGUAAGGUUGUGGAUGGCAAGCCCCUUCCUACUCUGUGGAACACUUUUAAAAGCAGUCUCUCUGUCUUUUCCAAGUUAUUGGGGUCUCAGCUGCAAGAAGCAAAGCUUAGCAUUAUUAAGGAUGUCAGUGGUAUCAUCAAACCUGGGAGGAUGACUCUACUACUUGGUCCACCUGGUUGUGGGAAGAGCUCCCUUUUGUUGGCACUUUCAGGAAACCUUGACAGCUCUUUGGAGCUUAAAGGAGAUAUAGAAUACAAUGGGCACAAAUUUGAGGAUUUUAUUCCUCAAAAAACUUCUGCUUAUAUAAGCCAGCAUGACCUGCACAUUCCUGACAUGACUGUGAGAGAGGCUAUUGAUUUUUCAGCUCGUUGUCAAGGUGUGGGUAGCCGUGCAGACUUGUUAAUUGAGGUCUGUAAACGGGAGAAGCAGGAAGGAAUCAUUCCAGAUGCUGACAUAGAUGCGUACAUGAAGGCAAUAGCUGUCGAAGGAUUAAAGAGUUCCCUGCAGACAGACUAUAUACUAAAAAUUCUUGGACUUGAUACAUGUGCUGACACUAUGGUAGGAGAUGUUAUGAGGAGAGGUAUCUCAGGUGGUCAAAAGAAAAGAUUGACUACAGGUGAGAUGAUUGUUGGGCCAACCAAGGCAUUGUUUAUGGAUGAGAUAACAAAUGGCUUGGACAGUUCUACUGCAUUUCAGAUUGUCUCGUGUAUUCAACAGUUGGUUCACAUAACAGAUGCAUCUGCAUUGAUUGCCCUUCUUCAGCCAGCACCAGAAACCUUUGAUCUUUUUGAUGAUGUAAUUUUAAUGGCAGAAGGAAAGAUUGUGUAUCAUGGACCUCGUGAUUGUGUCCUGGAAUUUUUUGAGACCUGUGGUUUUAGGUGUCCCAAGAGAAAGGGAAUAGCUGACUUUCUUCAGGAGGUAAUUUCGCAAAAAGACCAACCACAGUACUGGUUUCGUGAAGAACCUUAUGGCUAUAUCUCUGUAGAUAUGUUUUGUGAGAAAUAUAGGGUAUCUCAGGUUGGAAGGACUUUAUAUGAGGAGAUUUUGCAGCCACCUGUGAAGACGCAGGUUGAUGAUUGCGCCAUCUCCUUUUUCAAGUUUUCUCUGCCAAGAGGAGAACUUUUCAAAGCUUGUAUGUCAAGGGAAUUCCUGCUUAUGAGGAGAAACUCUUUCGUAUAUAUAUUCAAAAUUAUUCAGUUGGUCAUUAUAGCUCUGAUAACAAUGACUGUAUUCAUACGUACACGGAUGCAAGUUGACAUUCUUCAUGCAAAUUAUUAUCUGGGUGCUCUCUUCUAUGGUCUUAUCAUGCUUCUUGUUGAUGGAUUUCCAGAACUGUCAAUGACUGUCAUGAGACUUCCUGUUUUCUUUAAACAGAGAGACUUAUAUUUCUACCCUGCUUGGGCUUAUGCAAUUCCUGCCACUAUCCUGAAGAUCCCUUUGUCCAUUUUGCUAGCUGUUAUCUGGACCUCACUUACUUACUAUACCAUUGGAUAUGCUCCAGAAGUUGGAAGGUUCUUUUGCCAAGCUCUUCUAUUCUCGGGUGUGCACUUGGCAUCAAUAUCCAUGUUCAGGCUCUUGGCUUCUCUGUUUCGUACCACAGUUGCUUCCACUUUUGCAUCCGUUAUCUUCAUACUGUUUGUUUUCAUAUUCAGUGGAUUCAUAUUCCCACGACCUUCGAUGCCAGUAUGGUUAAGAUGGGGAUUUUGGGUUGUUCCACUUACUUAUGGAGAGAUUGGUCUCGCAACUAAUGAAUUCCUUGCUCCAAGGUGGCAAAAGAUGCUUGCUUCAAACACAACGAUAGGUCGUGAAGUUCUUCAAUCCCGUGGACUAAUGUUUGAUGGUUACUUUGUCUGGGUUUCGGUUGGCGCUUUGUUUGGGUUUUGCGUACUUUCCACUCUGGGGUUUACUCUAGCAUUAACUUUCUUAAAGGCUCCGGGAGCAUCUAUGGCUUUCAUCUCAAGAGAAAAGCUUUCUCAAUUACAAGGAUCAGAAGAUCCAUGUCAAGUAGACAACGAGCUAAAGAGUUGUGGGAAGAAAAGUUGUGUAGAAUCUAAUAAAGGUUAUAUGAUCUUGCCAUUCCAACCCUUUACUGUAACAUUUCACAAUGUGCAAUAUUACAUUGAUACCCCAAUGGAAAUGAGAGAACAAGGCUUUACUGAGAAGCUCCAACUUCUGCAUGACAUCACUGGUUCUUUUAAGCCAGGUGUCCUUACCGCGUUGAUGGGUGUCAGUGGAGCUGGAAAGACGACUCUUCUUGAUGUUCUUGCUGGAAGGAAAACUAGUGGAACCAUUGAAGGGGAAAUUUGUAUUGGAGGGUAUCCUAAGGUGCAGGAAACAUUUGCACGAGUAUCAGGCUAUUGUGAACAAACAGAUAUACAUUCUCCAAAUAUUACCGUUGAGGAAUCACUGAUCUUUUCUGCCUGGCUUCGGCUUCCUGAUAAUGUUGAUUCAAAAACCAAAACAGAAUUCGUUAACGAAGUCCUACAAACUAUUGAGCUCAAUGAAGUUAAAGAUGCCUUGGUUGGCUUACCUGGUAUUAAUGGUCUAUCAACUGAGCAACGAAAGCGGCUCACUAUUGCUGUGGAGCUUGUGGCCAACCCAUCAAUUAUAUUUAUGGAUGAGCCUACAACAGGUCUGGAUGCAAGAGCAGCUGCCAUUGUAAUUCGAGCAGUAAAGAACGUUGUUGCUACUGGUAGAACUGUUGUUUGCACCAUCCAUCAACCAAGUAUUGACAUAUUUGAAGCAUUUGACGAGUUGAUGCUUUUAAAAACUGGUGGGCACAUAAUCUAUUCUGGACCCCUGGGUCAGCAAUCAAGCAAAGUUAUUGAAUAUUUUCAGACAAUACCUUCCAUGCCCAAGAUUAAAGAUAACUAUAAUCCUGCAACAUGGAUGUUAGAGGUCACUUCUGCAUCUUCUGAAAUUGAACUGGGAAUCAAUUUUGCCGAAGUUUACAAUAGCUCUGCUCUAUGCCAGGACAAUGAAGAGAUUGUACAGAAGCUAAGUGUCCCUUCUGUGGACUCUAAGGAUCUCCAUUUCCAUAGUCGCUUUUCACUAUCUGGUUGGGAACAAUAUAAAUGUUGUCUUUGGAAACAACAACUAUCUUACUGGAGAAGCCCUUCAUACAAUUUGAUGCGCCUCUUGUUUUCCUUUGUUUCAUCUCUAAUAUUUGGAUUGUUGUUCUGGCAACAAGGGAGGAGCAUAAAAGAUGAACAAAGUAUGUUCACGAUAUUUGGUUCGAUGUUUGCCUUUGUAACAUUCUUGGGGAUAAACAACUGUUCAACUGUCCUUCCUUUCAUCUCAACAGAAAGAAGUGUUGUUUAUCGGGAAAGAUUUGCUGGGAUGUACUCCUCGUGGGCUUAUUCUUUUGCACAGGUCACUGUUGAGCUUCCUUAUCUUCUUACAAUAGCUCUAAUAUUCACAGUUAUUUCAUAUCCAAUGAUUGGGUAUUACUUAACGGCCUACAAGUUGAUCUGGUACUUCUAUGCCAUGUCCUGUACUUUGGUGUAUUUCAAUUACUUGGGCAUGAUGCUCGCAUCAUUGACACCAAACUACCAGGUGGCUUCAAUCAUAGCAUCAGCUAACUAUGCGCUGAUGAAUUUGUUUUCUGGAUUUCUGAUCCCUAAACCGCAAAUUCCCAUGUGGUGGCAGUGGUUAUUUUAUCUAUGUCCAACUUCUUGGACUCUACACGGUCUGCUGUCUUCCCAGUACGGUGAUAUACAUGAAGAAAUUACAGUAUUUGGCAAAAGCACUACAGCCUCUUCGUUCAUAAAAGACUACUUUGGGUUUGAUCAUAAUCAUCUUGGCCUCGUUGCUGCUAUGUUACUUAUCUUCCCUCUGACUUUUGCGUCUCUAUUUGCAUUUUUUAUCGGAAAACUUAACUUUCAGAGGAGAUGACUAGCUGCAUAGUGCGAAUAUGAUGGGUUCAUCAUUUUGUUAAGGAGUUUGUUUUCAAAUUGUCAGCAGUAAACGCUUGGUAGAUGCAUUUAUAUAUAUGUUGAGCUUUACUGGAUUCAUGAAAAUUUAGUUGCUUCUUUUGUAUGUUUUUACACAGGAAGCAACCAAUUUUUCAAGUACUGGAGCCAAUGUACAAUGUAUCAACUAGUCAACCUGUUGCUGUUUAGAAUAUUUAUAAUUAAAGAAGCAUAUAUGGAGAAUUUACAAACAAUGUAACAAGUCGAAAUGAAUUUCCAAGUUUGAACAUACUCCAUAAUUGUUUUUCCGGAUAAUAUAGUUAUGGUUUUGGCUUAUUUUUUUU